GACUGCUGCGCGUUGUACGUGGCGUGGCUGCGCGUGGCUGCGCGUGCUUCGUGUGUGGCAGGGAAGAGAGGAGGAGGAGGAGAAGGAGGAAGGGGUGGGAGCUGCCUUCUCCGAGAAGCCGGCAUGGACCCAAGUCUUGGCAGCAGUGCUGCUCGUUGCAUCUUGGGGGCCUCGUCAACGGUUCUGUUGCUGCUCCGUCUGGACUACGCCGUGGGGCUCGAGGCUGGGGCGGGUGCCCACCACUCCAACCACAUGCGUGUUAGACGAGAUGAGGAAACGGGCAACGAUACGGGGUGCGUGGGACCCGCUUCGGACGAGUUCCCCCCCGGGUUCUUCACUCCGGAGGAGCAGCGUGAGGGCGGUGUCCUCAUCUACAUACUCAUUGCCCUCUACCUCCUCCUCGCCAUCGCCAUCGUGUGCGACUAUUACUUCCUGCCAUCGCUCGAGCUCAUCAGCGAUCGCCUCGGUCUCACGAUGGAUGUGGCAGGAGCCACGUUCAUGGCGGCAGGCAGCUCGGCCCCGGAGAUGGUCACCGCAUUCCUAGGUGUGUUCGUGACCAAGGGGGACAUUGGGGUCAGUACGAUCGUGGGCUCGGCCGUCUACAACCUGCUGGGAAUAUGCGCGAUCUGCUGCCUGUUCUCCCCGUCGGCCUCGCCGCUCUCACAUUGGCCCCUGCUGCGAGACUCCCUGGCAUACGCUGUGAGCGUGGCCGUGCUCAUUGGCUGCAUACACGAUGGGAAGGUUCACUGGUACGAGGCCCUCUCGCUCGUGUCCGUCUACGCUGCCUACGUGGUGGUGCUGCGCUUCGACGCGCGUCUCCACCGCGCCUUCACGCGCGGUUGCCUGUGCCUCCGCCCGGCCGGGCAGCACCGCCGCCGCCGCCAGCCGGGCAACGGCCCCGAGGCCCGGCCGCUCGUCGGCGGCGGCGAGGAGCGGGGCGAUGCGGCCGGCGAGGACCACGGCGGCGGCACCUCCCGGCGCUCCUCGACGGGGGUCAACGACUUCCUGCACGGGCGCACCAGGUCGGACAGCGGCGUCAUCCUCAGGGACGGCUCCGACUACUCGCAGUUGACGCUCAGCCUGCACGGGCUCACGUCGCUGGAGGACGAGGAGCCGAUGGGUCUGCUGCACGUGCCUCAAGGGGACGGACGGCGAGUGCUGUGGGUGCUGUCGCUGCCCGUGCUGCUGCUGCUGACGCUGACGGUGCCCGACUGCCGCGCGCGAAGCAUGCGCCGCUUCUUCCCCGUCACCUUCUUCAUGGCCGCCGUGUGGAUCAGCGCGCUCACCUACCUGCUCGUGUGGAUGGUCACGGUCACGGGCGAGACACUGGGCAUUCCGGAUACGGUGAUGGGGCUCACCCUGCUGGCCAUCGGCACCAGCCUCCCAGACACCAUCACCAGUCUGCUGGUGGCUAGAGAGGGCAAGGCCGACAUGGCCAUGUCCAACAUCGUGGGCUCCAACGUGUUCGACAUGCUGUGCCUGGGCCUUCCCUGGCUGUUGCUCACGGCCUUCGUGUCCCCGUCGGGCCCGGCCCACGUGAGCAGUGCGGGUCUCGUCUACUCGGCGUCGUCGCUGCUGAUCUCGCUGGCGCUCCUGCUCGCGUGCGUCCACGCGGCGCGCUGGCGCCUCAGCCGGCCCCUGGGCGCCGCGUGCCUCGCCGCGUACCUCGUGUUCGUCGCCGUCGCCGUCCUGCACGAGGUCGGGGUGCUGGGCGGCGACCCCGCCGCCCGCGUCUGCGGAAAGUGAACCCUGAAGAGCCCUGGAGCACGAAGCCGCGGGGGGGACGGGCGGUCGGUCGGUCGCUCGCUCGCUCGGUCACUCGCGCGGUCGGUCGCUCGAUCGGUGAGUCGGUCGGUCAGUCGGACGCCCGGUUGCUCGCUCGGGCGGUCGCUCGCUCGCUCGAUCAGUCGAAUGGUUGGUCGCUUGGUUGCUCGUUCGGUCAGUCGCUUGGUCAGUCGCUUAGUUGCUCGUUCAGACGAUCGCUCGGUGGGUCAGUCGCCUGGUCGGUCGCUCGGUUGCUCGUUCAGUCAGUCGGUCGCUCGGUCAGUCACUUGAUUGGUUGCUCGGCUGCUUGUUCAGUCAGUCGGUCGGUCGGUCAGUCACUAGAUCGGUCGCUUGGUUGCUCGUUCAGUCUGUCGGUCGCUCGGUCGGUCAGUCGCUUGGUCGGUCGCUCAGUUGCUCAUUCAGUCGGUCGCUCGGUCAGUCAGUCGCUCGGUCGGUCGCCUGCCGCCUGUCCAGAGUCCGGCAGAAUUCAGGAGUUUCUUGUUGUCGGUUUUGUCCCAGUCACAGGAGUUAGGCUACACGGACAAUAAAGGUGAUAGCGAGUUGUGCGUUUAACGCCCGCAGUGUUGCACCCUGCAGAAAAUGUUUGCGAUGCUGCGUUGGCAGUGGCGCCCAAAGCACAAGUAACAGAAACUCAACACCGUCCCUCAAUGACAAAUAUAUCUAACGGACAACGGUUCGGGCAAUGGCCCUUCUUCAUGUGAAAGACUAUCAUACGUGCAGUAUCCAUUGUGUGCUUCGUGCAUGGCCACGGUGCGUGUGGAAUGCAUUUUGCGUCAUCAAUGCAGUGCAGUCUUGUGACACGUGCAGGGCAUGGUCAGAGAAUCAAUCCCAGGGUCACAAUCGUGCUUUUCGCUAUUUUAAAAAUUAUAACUAUAACUGUUUUUUUUAUUUCACCAGCUAAGGCCCACUGAGCUAUGUAGUUAUUUUACAGAAGCGACCUGGCCACAAGCGAUGGCUCAACGAAGUGGCUCAUCACGUGGAAAU